AUGUCGGUCCAGGAUAUCUCACCUGACAUUGAUAGGCUUGAAGCCAACCUUGACAAGCUCGAGGAGGCUAUCGGGCCUCUUCUUGAAAAUCUUGCAAAUUCGUCCCAGUUGCCGCUUGUGGACAGGGCGAAGCUUCAUACCUUAACUAACUACGCUCUUGAGAGUCUAAUAUUUUCCAGCUUGCGGCUUCAAGGCGCAGAUGCCUUGACCCAUCCAGUCUUUACGACUGAGCUCAAGAGAGUAAAGCAGUACUUUGACAAGAUAGAGAAGGCCGAGACUCCUCCGCAGCAACGAACAAGUGCCGUUGAUACUGAGGCUGCUACGAGGAUAAUUAAGGCUGGCCUGUCUGAUGACCAGGCAUUGAAAAACAAGCUAGCUGAGCAGAUAGCUAAGGAGAGGGCAAAGGCCUUCCUUAAGAACAUUGGAAAAAGGCCGCCCGGCGCAGACCAGUCGAAAGGCGGCGCCUCUACUGGUGGUACAGCGUAG